AUGAUUUCGCAUCCUCUGUUACAGCGUGAUAUUCAUCAUUCACUUUGGCUUGAUAAUGCAAUCGAUAACAGAUUUACACGAAAACAUACAGACCAUUAUCCAUUUGCUAGCCACGAUGAAAGGAAAACUCGAACAGUUUGGAUAACCAACUAUGCGAAUGAUGUAAACUAUUCAAUCAAUGUACCCGUUGAUAAUUUCCUCGUCAACAUGCUCAACACAUCUUCCACUCCGACGGCAACAAAAUUAGAGUCCAUUUUUUCGAGAGAAUCAAAUCAUGCAUGUCUAUUGAAUAAAAUUCGUCAGAUGGAUUUAACGAAAUUGAAUCUAGACGAUCUUUUAUUUCUUUUACAUCAACUUGAACAGCAAACAUCUAAAACUCGACUGAUAAAUUUAGCAUCAACGAUUAGUUCGCCAACUGAUUCCGUUUCAUCAUCUUCGUCCGCAUCAGACAUGACUGAAUGUAAAUCAUCGUCUCGCAAUCCAAUUCAUUGUGCAACAAUCCCAAAACUUUUCAAUAAUCGUUCGAAGUUCAAUCAUGUAACAUCGCCUACACAGCAAUCGAAUCAUCCUAGUUCAUCCUCUCUGACGGUGCCAAAUAUUGCUGAAGCACCCAAACAUUUAACAUGUACACUAGUCAAACCUAUUCUAUCGCUUCAUUCACAAACAUCGAAACAUAUUCGCUCGCCAAAUGAUGUUGCUGACAAACUCCUUCAAUCUGUCCAUACCAAGUACAAUAAGAGUUAUAAAAAAAACUUCAAGUAUAUACCACAACGACAUUCAUCGACUUGUAGUUACCAAGAAUCUCAACAGCAUAAAGCCAAACUGCUACUAAAUCUGUUUUCGUCAAGCUCCGUGUGUACUGGAUUGCAUCGUUAA